GGUCAGUCUAACAGGCUGCUGUGAAUUUAAAUCUGAAUAAGUGCCUUUAACAGUUCUAACACCUUUUGUUCUGUUUUCACACCUCUGAGGGCACUUUUCCUGUAUUUGCCAUGGCUGAGUCUGCACAAAACAAUGGCAAUAGUCGUGCAUUGAGGCCAACAACAGAAAGACAUGGGACAGAACCUCCAAAUGUUACCAUUGAUCAGAUGUUGGAUAAUCUGAAUGCAUAUCUGGACAAAAGGCUGGAACUGAGGAAGUGCCAUGAUGACAUCUGCCAGAAGUACAGCAUCAAGUACUCAGAGAGUGUACUAUGGGCUUUGCCGGACAUUAAAAGGGCUUAUGGAAAGAUGCAGCGCUUAAGGACAAACACCAACAGAGAUGGCUUGUCUGUAAUUUUGCUCAAACAAAUUCGACAGCAUCUACAGAGAUGUGUAACUGACAAAUUACAACAUGAGAACAAAGCAGAGAAAGCAAAGUUUCGAGCACUGGCUGAACAAUUACAGACUGUAAAGAAGGACAAAGAAAGACUGUUACAUGAGAAUGACAAGUUGCUAACUUUGCUCUCCAAACGACUGGAAUCAAAAUCUUCAAGCAGCUCUGAUAACAGUGAUGCAGACAUUAACACACAUACUGAAAUUACAAAGGACAAACUGAAGGUUAGACUUGCUCCUGUAAUUAUUAAGAACAGACGGACUGAAGUUGAAACUGAAAAUGAAGAGGAGUAUGAGGAAGAUGGCGAACGACAAACUCGCAGAGUAAAAAAGGUGGUAAAGAAAUAUAUUCCCUACAGAACAUACCAGCCAGCUACUCCAGAGCAAGUUGACAAAUGGUCAAAAGAAUUGCCAGAUGUGUACAAGCAACCACGGAAAGUUUGGCAAUAUCUUCAGCGCUUGCAGAAAAUCUACAAUUUACAUCCACUGGACAGUGUGAUGAUUGUUAAUGUGAACUUAAGAGACAAUGACCAACAACGACUUACAGAAAGUGUUGAAAGAAGGAUUGGUGAAUCUCAAGAAAACGCUGAAUCUGGAUGGGAAGCGGUUCAAACCUUCUUAUUUGAACUGAAACCUGCAGAGGUUAAUUGGGCCAAAAUUACCUCUUGUGUGCAGAAGACAGGAGAAAGUGUUGCAGAGUUUGAAGAACGCUUCAGACAAACUUGGAUGGAACAUGCUGGUUUGAACAACAACAUUGAAGAACUCUGUGAAGACACUAGCAUGCCUCUUAAAACCACAUUUGUGAAUGGACUGAAACCUGAGGUUUCUAAAACUCUUAAAAUCAGGUAUGAUGACUGGGACAGCACUAGAACAACAUUUAUGCAGACUGUUGAAUGGUCAGCAAAGAUUGAAAGAACACAGGAAGUCAAUCUCAGAGUUUUACAAUCCAAAACCUUGUCAUACAACAACAGGACAAUGGGAUAUGAAAAAAGUGAAUAUCAGAGACACUCAAGAGAGAAAACUCAGAGAAGAUGUAGACAUUGCAACGAAGAUGGACACUGGAUUCGUAAUUGUAAGCUGAGUUUGAGACAUCAAAGUGAUGAGGACAACCUGUUGAAGAGGUUUCAGCAGUUGACAGCCAAACAAAAACAGACUCUGCUAAAUGCUGUGGAGCCGCAGGGAAACUGAAGAACCUCUCUCUGCAGCACCAGCUAAUGACAUCUCAUCCAAAAGCUGAUGGACUCCAUGUGUAUGCAAACAAGAAAGGAAAAGCAUACACAGAAACUUCAACAACUGAAGCCAAAGAUGAUGUCUUAGUAGGCAGUGCUGCUAAACAAGCCGUAAAGGA